UAUUUAAUUAUUCUCACGAGAAAAUUCUCCGGAGACUUUAGUUGGCAACACUUUCCACAAACUGGUAAAUUCAAUUUUAAAUACAAAACCGCCAUACACUAAAAUUUCAAAAAUUUCGAUUCACUAAAUCCUUAUGAACACACUUUUUUUAUAUUAAAAAUAAUUUCUUUUUGGUUUCAGAAAAACUUUCCAAAGGAUUAGAGAAGGUAUUUGUUAGAAAAAUCUUCAAGGAGGAUUCGGAAAAUUUUUCUACAGAAGAAAAUGAUUUAAAUUUUGGAUCAGGAUUUUUCAUUUGGAUCAGGAGUUUCAAUAGGAUUUUCAAUUUCAAGGAUCAGAAUAAAUUCACCGGGAGGAAAUUAAAAAAAUUAAUCCAAAGUACCAGGCACUAUUUACUAUCAGAACAAAAGCACAAAAAUCCAGAUUCGCGUGCCAGAAAUGACCCAGUUGCCUAUAAAACGAUAGGCAAUCAAGGAGCAGCGGACUAAGGAGAGAGAGAGAGAGAGAGAGCCACGGCGUCGCGACGCUAUUUUCAGCCAAGCACGCUAACUUUAGACGAACGACGGACGCUCCCUAUAAGUUCAAGAGUCGUUUAUGGACCCCGACGCGUUCGUCAGCAUCCGAAGAAAAUACACGCGUGCCAAGAUUAUGUGAUUCUUACAAGAAAAACGUAAUCGCGGAAACCGGCCAAAGACCUUUUUGACAAAUUUCCAUUCUUCGAGGAUAAUUUUUUCGAAAAAAAAACCUAUCAUAUUUCUUCAAUUGAAGAAAAAUGUGGGGAAAAAAAUUGAAAAUUUGAUUCUUGGAUAAUUAUUAUCACGAAAGAAAGUGAUUGACGAGAAAGCUUCUUGAAGGAAGAGGAAUAAUGAAGAAGAAUGACGAAGAAAUAUUUGAUAAUCACGAGCACACUGAAUAAUGAAGAAAUUCACUAUCGCGUUCACCACCGAACCGGAAGUUGGACGAAGCACAGAAAAUUUUGGUUUGUCAAAAGAUCGACUGCCACUGGUGAAAAAUUGGGAAAUGAACGUUUAUUUAUUUUCAAGACGAGACUGCUUUUCAAAGUCAAAGGAAAAUUUUUCAACAUACAAAAAGAAGGAAAUUCCACUUCUCUAUUUGGAUACGUUUUCGUCCCUCUCGGCAUCCAAGGAAAGAAGUACAAUUUCUUCGCUCUUGGAAAGAAGAGAUUCAAAUUUCCAGCUUUUGAGUCUUUCUUCUUCCUCUGAAUCGUUUCAAUGGCAAGAGACGUUUAUGUCAAUUGAUCGGAAUAAUUAUUCACAUUGAUGAUCACUAUCCAGUUUCAAGAAAGGAAUCCACUGAGUUUCACUAGGUUUAUCUUCCGUAAGGGUGGAUUAAAACCCCAGGAUCACAACACCUCGAUAAAAAAGCAGUUGAUCAAAUCCUCAAGUAAUCGCUCCCAUUCCAUAAGUUCGAGUUUUCACUUCGAUUCAAAUCAAAAUUGGAGAUUUGAAUUCAAAUUCAAAUUUUGAAUUCAAAUUCAAUUUUUAAUUCAAAUUCAAUUUUAAUUUAAAAUUCAAGUUUCAAAUUUUUGAAUUGGAAGAAAAGUGAUGAAGAUGAUGAUGUUUGAGGAAGAAGAAAGAGGAGAUUCACUGGGUGAAAAAUAAUGAAGAGGAGUUUGGU